GCUGCCACGGUAAAUAAAAUCGAAUGCAGUCUGACCGCAGUUAAAUCAGUGAAAAGCCUAUCACCGCUCAAACUCAGAUGAAUGAAUCUCUGGUGUUUUUAACAGUUUAACAUUAUGGAGACUGCAGCACCUGUUACAGGUGAACAUCUCAAGCGCAGCAGCAGUUGUGAAAUUCUGCCACCUGACAUGCCUGAGCUGAGAGCCGUUUUGCUGGGGAACAGCUGGUCUGACAAGAGUUUGUUGGUGAACUUACUGCUGGGAGAGAACAUUCUUUCCACUGAAGAAGAACUGAACAUCUUUACGAAACACAACAGAAAGUUAAAUGAGACAGAAGUAGUUCUUGUUAAUUCUCCAGAUCUUCUUCAUCCGAACAUGACCAAAGAAGCGCACAUAGAAAAAUGCAUAGAAUUCUCUAUUCCUGGACCUCAUGUGUUCCUGCUGAUUCUACAGCCUGAAAACUUUACAGAGGAACAUACACAGAAGCUAGAAUCCUUCCUUGAACACUUCAGUUAUCAAUCAUUUAAACAUUCACUAGUAGUUAUAAAACUCAAAGCAGAAAAUUUAGAUUGUACUAAACUUAUUCAGCAAAAUCAACUGUUAACAGACACCAUCAAAAAAUGUAAAGCUGAUUUUUUGUGGGAGAAGGAUCUAAAACAAAAGCUGCUAUCAGCCAUGGUCAACAUAGUGAAGGAGAACAACGGAGAUUAUCUGAGUUUGGAUAUUUACAAAGAACCAACACAUGGUAUUCCAUGUGACCAUAAGCAAGCAAGGACAAAACUGAAUCAAGGAGGGCUGGUCAGUGAGAGCUUGAACCCUGUUAAGGGUUCUGGAUGUGCACUGAGGAUCGUAUUAUUUGGAAAGAGUGAUGACAAAAAAAUAGCACUGGAAAAUAUCAUCACUGGAAAAAGAGAGAGCAAUUUUAGUCUUAAACCUUCAACCAAACACUGUGUGGCAGCCAGUGGCGAGUGGAACAAGAACCCAAUAACAGUAGUGAGAAUGCCAGACUUGUUCAAUCUGUCUGUGCAAAGAGUGAGACAAGAGCUGAAGAGGUGUGUGAAUCUCUGUCAUCCUGGACCAAAUGUUCUGCUGUUAGUGAAACCUUCUGAUUUCACUGAAGAGGACAGGAAAAUUCUGAAAUUCAUCUUGAGUCUGUUUGGUCAAGAGGCUUUUAAACACUCCCUGGUUUCUAUGACAUACAAUGAGAAAAGGGAUAACUCAGUGGAAAAACUCAUCCAGGACUGCCAAGAAAGGGUGCACAGAUUUAGUAUUGAUAAAAAAGAUUUCAAACAAGACCAGCAAGAAUUGAUGGAGAAAAUUUAAAAAAUUCUGAGUGAGACUAAAGAAGGAUAUUUGACUUUAAACGAUGAAGCAGAUUUUGUGGCAAUGUUUAACAGAUCAAAACCUCUUCUGAACCUGGUGUUGUGUGGUAGAAGAGGAGCAGGGAAGACCUCAGCAAUUAAUGCUAUUCUGGGACAAAAGAGGUUUGAUCCACCUAGCAACUCAUCAGAGUGUGUUAAACAUCAGGGAGAGGUGUGUGGACGUUGGGUUUCCCUGGUGGAGCUGCCUGCCUUGUAUGGAAAACCUCAGGAGGCAGUGAUGGAGGAAUCACUCAGGUGUAUUUCCCUCUGUGAUCCUGAGGGUGUCCAUGCCUUCAUCCUGGUCCUACCUGUGGCUCCCCUCACUGAUGAAGACAAGGGAGAGUUAGAGACCAUCCAGAACACAUUCAGCUCUCGAGUCAAUGACUUCACCAUGAUUCUGUUCACUGUCAAGUCAGAUCCUAAGGCUCCAGCUGUUGGUAAUUUUAUAAAGGGAAACAAGAACAUCCAGGAGCUCUGCGAGAGCUGUGGAGGAAGAUCUGUUGUCGUCAACAUCAAGGACAAACAAGAGGUCUUCAAGAUUUUCAGCAUUUUGGAAAAAAUUACUCUAAAAUCUAAAGAGAGCAAAUUAUGCAGCUACACAACUGAAACCUUUGCAACUGCACAAAUAGAAAAUAUAAUAAAAAAAGAGAAAUGUAUCACUGAAUUGCAGGCUGAACUUAAGGACCUGAAAACAAAAGGUAAUGAAGAGAUGCAGAGCCCAGACUGUCUCAGGAUUGUGCUCAUUGGAAAGACUGGUUGUGGAAAGAGCUCUUCAGGAAAUACCAUUCUAGGACGAGAUAUAUUUUUAUCUAGCCCUUUCCAAAAGUCAGUCACCAAACGUUGUCAAAAAGAACAGGGCAAUGUGAACGAUUAUCCUGUUGUUGUGGUCGACACUCCUGGACUGUUUGACAACAGUUUAUCACAUGAAGAGAUCAAUGAGGAGAUGGUGAAAUGUGUCAGCCUCCUGGCUCCAGGACCACACGUCUUCCUGCUGGUGUUACAGAUCGGCAGAUUCACCCCAGAGGAGAAGGAGACACUGGAACUGAUCAAGAAAGUCUUUGGGAAGAACUCCGAGAAGUUCACCAUUGUUCUUUUCACAAAAGGAGAUACACUGGAACAUGCAAAGGUGUCUGUUGAAGAAUACAUUGAAAAAUCUGAUGAUUCCUUUAAGAAGCUGAUCUCUGACUGUGGAAGAAGGGUGUAUGUGUUUAACAACUAUGAUAAGCAAAACCGCUCACAGGUCAGUGAGUUGAUAACAAAGAUUGACACCAUGGUGAAGGAAAAUGGAGGAAACUGCUUCACCAAUGAGAUGCUGCAAGAGGCUGAAGCAGCGAUACAGAAAGAAAUGCAGAGGAUCCUGGAGGAGAAGGAAGAAGAAAUGAAGAGACAGAAGGAGGAGCUUGAAAGAACAUAUGAGGAAAAAAUCCAGUUGAUGAAAAAAAGAAUGCAACAACAGAAAGCAGAAAUUGAUCAUGAAAGAAAUCUGAGAGAGAAACAACUUAAAGAACUUCAGGACAACAUCUGCUUUCAGUCCGAAGAGAGGAAGAAAGAACAAAAACUCAGAGAAGAAGAAGACAGGAGGAAGAGAGAACAGGAAGAACUUCAAAGACGAGAAUGGGAACAAACAAUACAAGAACUUGAGGAAAAACUACGAUCAGAGUCACAAUCAAGGGAAAUAAUCGAUAAAGAGUGUGAAAAUUACAGAGAAAGAAUAAGAGAGCAGCAAAAGACUUGGGAGAAGGAAAGAAAAGAAUUGGAGGAAAAACGAAAACAAGAAGAUGAAGAGAAAGAACAGAAAAUCAGGGAGCUUCAAGAAAAAUACAAUCAAGUAAAAGAAAAGUUGGAACAUGAAAGAAAAGAAAAAGAGGAAAGAAUAAAAAGAGAACAGGAAAAGAAUCUGAAAGAGUUAAAGGAGAACUAUCAGAAACAAACUGAGAACAUGCAGGAAGACUUAGGGAGGGUUAAAGAAGAAGCCAGAAAAAAAGCUGAAGAAUUCAAUGAAUUUAGAGAGAAAAAGGAGAAGGGUUUUGCAGAACUGAUUCAAAAACACAUUGACGAGAUAAAGAAACUGAAGGAGCAACAUGAGAAAGGCAUGCAAGACAAGAAGGGAGAAUACGAAAGAUUAAAGGAUCUGUCAGACCACAAAGAAAAUAGUCUGAAGAGAGAAAUGGAUGAACUGCAGGAUAAACAUAAAUCAGAAAUAACGGAAUUAAUCCUCAUGCUUCUAACUCAGAAGAAAGAAAACAAGACUGAAAUAAAAAGAAUGCAGGAAUCAUAUAGAUUGAAGGUGGAAAGGUGUGAAAAAAGACUUUUAAAGGAUAACAAAGAAGAGGAA